CUCACAGUUACGUCAGUACAAUCGUCGAACGCUGCAAAAAUGCCGCGCGUUAAGUCGCCUUCGCAGGCUGAGAUUAGCAGCAACCCUCGCGAGUUUGCGCUGCUCGCCCAGGCGGCCCCCAACGGCGAUGUGGACCCGGAGGUCCUGAGCCAGUACAUCAAGCUCUAUGGCCAGCCCUCAGCCAGCGUGCCUCAGGGUGAAAUCACCUUUGCGGAAUUCGCCGCCAUGUUCAGCCGCCCUGCCGGGGGCGACAAGCCCGCCAACAACUGCGUGGGUUAUGCGGCGCUUGACAAAUCGGGCGUGCUUGCGCCCUACUCCUUUGAUCGCCGGCCGGUAGGCCCCGGUGAUGUGCGCAUUCAGAUCACGCAUGCGGGCAUCUGCCACAGCGACCUGCACCAGGUCAAGGACGAGUGGGGCGGCUCUGUGUUCCCCAUGGUGCCUGGGCACGAGAUUGUGGGCAUUGUGACGGAGGUGGGCGAGGGCGUGACCAAGUUCAAGCCAGGCGACCGCGCGGGUGUGGGCUGCAUGGUGGACUCGUGCCGCACGUGCGACACCUGCCAGCGCAGUGAGGAGCAGUUCUGCCCUAAGUGCGUAUACACGUACAACAGCAAGCACCACGACGGCACGCUGGCGCAGGGUGGCUACUCAAGCCACAUCGUGGUGCAGGAGUCUUUCACCCUGCGCCUGCCUGACAACCUGCCGCUGGACGCCACCGCCCCGCUGCUGUGCGCCGGCAUCACCGUCUACAGCCCCAUGAAGCACUUCGGCCUGGACAAGCCGGGCAUGCGCCUGGGUGUGGUGGGUCUGGGCGGUCUGGGCCACAUGGCGGUCAAGAUCGGCAAGGGCCUGGGGCUGCACGUCACCGUCAUCUCCACCUCCGAGGCCAAGCGCGAGGAGGCCGUCAAGGUGCUGGGCGCUGACGAGUUCAUCGUGUCCAAGGAUGCUGAGGCCAUGAAGGCCGCCGCGGGCAGCAUGCACGGCAUCAUCGACACCGUGUCUGCCAAGCACGACGUGGGCGCGCUGGUGAACCUGCUCAAGGUGGAUGGCAAGCUGGUGAUGGUGGGCGUGCCGGAGGUGCCACUGGACCUGCCCGUCAUGGCCAUUGUCUUCAAGCGCGCCAUGGUGAGUGGCAGCCUGAUUGGCGGCAUCAAGCAGACUCAAGAGAUGCUGGACUUCUGCGGCGAGAAGGGCAUCACCGCCAGCAUUGAGAAGAUCCCCAUCGACUAUGUCAACACCGCGUACGAGCGCGUGCUGCGCAGCGACGUGCGCUACCGGUUCGUGAUCGACGUGCAGGGCUCGCUGAUUUUGUAAGCUGGCUGAUGGCGCGUCCAUUGGCGCACGCAUGGGCCUGUUGGGCAGAGAACGGGCUUGUACCACCUAGUACACGAGCCGGCACGGUCGCCAUUGAUCCGUGUCUGGAGCUCUGGACCUAGUGCUGUAGGUCCCACUGUCGACGUAUGGUACGACAGUAGGAUGUCAUCGGGUCCAAUGACAAACAAGAGCAAAGUAAGGGAUGAGAGAGAAGUGAGCAUCAGGAUUCGUGAGGGUAUUGAUUCAUUUCAUGAUCAGGCCUUGGAUCAGGCACUCGUUCUGGUGUAGCGCUUCUGGCAGUGCACUGACAGCAUGCGCGUCAUGCUCGAGCCGGCUACAGCGAGUCAGAUUGUUGGGCGCAUGAAGGACCUGAGGGGUGCAAGGAUGGACAUCAAGAGGAACAGGCGCAAGGCGUCAAGCGCGGGUGUGGUACACCGUGCUCAUGCUUCAGGUCGCGAGAUUCCGCGAGAUUCCGCGGAAGUCGAGCAGGCUCGUAUGCGGGCUAGUACCGUGGGGGCGUGUCGCAUCCGUGGAGGGCUCUGUAACGUGACGGCCUC